CGGGGUAAGGUCUCGUACUGAACGUGUUGCGUCAGUCUUACUCAUAGUCGUAAAUUACUCAUAAUAUUCAUUACUCAUUCACACUACUAUUAUUGUGUUAAUGCUCAAAGUACGUAGCAUCUGUUUUUGACCAAAGUUGGGAUUUUGUGAUACAAUUUGGUCCCCCAGAAGUGUUCUGCAUUCAGGAGAGUAAAAUCUUUAGUCUUCUUGUCAUUAAUAUGAUCUCGGCGUCAGUGACAACCAUGUUUCAUCGUAUGUUUGGACGACGGAGGUCUCCUGUGGAAGGGGAACCCAAUGCAGACUCUGGCACUGAGGCCACAGAAGGACAGGCAGACAUUGUCAACAGUGAUGAUUUCGUCUUGUUAGGUGAUACUGAAAGUCAGCAAAGCACAAUGUAUGAUCCCCCUCCUGGCUAUACUGUUGGUGGGGCUAAUGCCUUUUUACCCUAUGGGCUUGACCCUUCUGCGAGACCAGAAGCUGGGCAGAGGCCAACAAGCGCCGAGGUUCAGACAGCAAUAGAUGGCAUCCCUUUCAAACUGGGAUCCAACGUCCUGUUACAAGGAGACGCAGAUAGUUGCGACAUCAGCUCUAUUUCGCAGAUGAUCCACAGAAUCAAUAGCUUUAACUGGGAUGAAUAUGAAUACAGCUUCCAACUGGAAAAAAGUGUUUUGCAAGAGUUCAGCACAAGAGAACAGCCAGAUCCGGAGUAAACUUUUUUUUUUUUUUUGUUCUUUUCUUUUUUAUUUCCCCUUUGCAUAAUGUUAAUACCAACAUUUUUCUUUUACUUUUAUGUUCCUGAAAAUCUCACAAAUCCUGGAAUGAUGAAUGUUGAAAUAAUAAUGUCCAAUAAUGACUGAAACAUGAAAUGAAAUGACUUGUAAUACCAUUACAUAUUCCUAAUUUUUAUUAGUAUCAUUUGCUCUAAUCUGUUUAUAGAAUUCACAAAGUUGUUUUUUAAUACUCAUUAGAAUAUGUCUCUUGAUUAUUAUAAAAAAAAAAAAAAAAAAUGGCUGAAAAAUCCAUUGCCAUUUUACCUACAUUAGUGGAAUGUUUCACCAUUUUUUUAUUUUUCUAUUUUUUCCUGUAUUUUUUUCUUAAUACUUUUUUCUUCUUCCUUUUCAUCUUUGUCAUAAGUUUCUGUUUCCUUUCUUUUUGUUUAUUAAUUUGUCUAAUUGUUUUCAGAUUUAUUUAGAUUUUAUACAGAUAAUUUGAUUUAUAUGAAAAUUCUAUGUAAGCUACAUACAUUAAUAUUAAUAUUGAUAUUGUAUAUGAAUAUGUAUGUUUAUAUUAUGUGAGCAUUAUUAUAUAUUGAUAUCAAGUUUGUAUGAAUAUUACGUAUUUGUUAAUAUUUACAGGAAUAUUAUAUAUCAGUAUCAAUGUUUUCAUCAAUAUUAUACCCUCAGUAUAUUUAAUUACUUAAUUACAAUUUAUUUUCUCUGACUCUACAUCUAGACCAACACUUAGUAGUAUACCCUUCUCAGGCUUAUUAUAAAUAUAGACUUACAUUUUAUACCCUUUAUACAAUGGUCUUCACAUGAUUCUCCACAAAGAGAAUUAAAGCUCUUACGCAAUGAGUCGUCUUCUCUGGUAGUUUCUAGUUAUUAGAAAGAGAAGUGUAUAAGGUUUUAUAUUUAUGUAUCGUGUGUGUGUGUAUGUGUGUUUGGGGUUUGUUUUUUGUUUGUUUUUUAUUUGUUUGUCAUAGCUUUUGACAGUUUAUGCAGUAACAAAUUUCUGAUCAUUGCCUUUAAACUUAUGUAAAUAGAUAUAUUGACUUUGCUAGAUAUUCUCAUCUCAUUAUGCAAUGCUCCAUGUAAGGUCAAUUUGCUUAUGAGGUCCCGUUACCCUGGUUUUAUCCAAUUUUUGCCUGUUAUUUUCUCCAUAUAGUACUUAAUUUCCUGUGAAUUGGAAGAAACUAAUAGUGUAAAGGGAACCAAAUAGUUGCAAUAGUUGAUAUCAGAGUGAAUGUGGAAUGAAAUUCUAUUUAAAUGAAGUUAGUCUUGUGAACAAAAACUUAACCCACCCAAGGUUAAUUACAGUGUUUGUUUGUAUUCACUCUAUGGUAAAGAAGCAAAGAGAGAGAUUGUCAUGAAAUGUGAACAUGAGCAGAUAGAGAAUAAACCAAUGGAUUGGUUGUUUAGAGUAGUAAAGAUUAAUAAUCACUUUUGUAAUGUUUUCUGUAUAUAUACUGAUAGCAUAUCUCACUGAAACUCAUAUGUGUUGACAUGCAUUAUAUAGAUAGAGAACAAUUCAGAUUUCCACCUGCUCAAAUCAUUCUUUAGUCAGGUUAUUUACCAAUGUUUUAUGUAUAUAUAUUUACAUAUGCAUUACUCAUGUUGAAUUGUUAUACUGACACUAAUCUACAUUAGAGGAUCCUUUUCAAUAGGUCUUUCUUUUUCUUACUAGCAUUUAAAUAGGUCAAUGAUGCCUCAUCCUUUUUCUUCUUCUUCUUCUUCUUCUUCUUCUUCAUCUUUGUUUUCAGUACCUAUUCUCUUUUGGGGAAUGUUAUUCCAAUGCUGCCAAGAACAUAUGAUGGUCACUAUAGUUUUGUUUUGUGCAGUGUCUUUACACAUAGAUUGUUCCACAGGUAUUCAGCCACUAAGGUGUCAUAUAGUAGAUCUUGUAACCUCUCAUGAUUUCACCUUUCCUUGAAAUUUUACAAAAAAGUUUUUAUUUUUUUACUAAUGCCAUUAAUGCUUAUCUUAUUAUUAUAGACAUUAUAAGUAUCAUAACAUUAUUGACAUUACUAAUAGCAUCCCCCUGUAUUUGCUCCUCUGUUUUCCCUGACCCACCAAAAUCAUAUAUCCUCCCUCUGUCCUCUUCACCCAUUUCCUUGACCAUGUCUCCAUUCAUUCCUCCAGCAUUUAUUUUUACGCUGAUGGUUCCAAAUCCACCUCUUCAAAUACACCCUCCCUCCUGAAUCUAGUGUCCUUACUACAGAACUGUAUGCACUCCGUUUUGCCUUAAAACGCAUAUACUCAUUGCCUUCUUCCUCUUUCAUUAUUUUUACUGACUCCCGUAACUCAUUAACCCUUAUAAAGUCUAUGCACUUGACCAAUCCCCUUGACUAUAAAAUCCAGAACUGGUUGUUCUACCUGUCCACACACCAUAAAUCUAUCAGAUUUUGCUGGGUGCCCAGCCAAGUUGGAAUCCCUGGCAAUGAACAGGCAGAUACUCUAGCACGCUACGCCGUCAUGUCCACAUCACACCAACCACGCUUCUCACAUAUUCCAGCCAUGGAUUAUUAUCCCCACUUAAGACCUUCCUGUAUACCCAAUGGCAAUCUUUCUUGUCAAGUCUCUGCACUAAUAAAUUAUAUACUGUAAAACUGUCAAUCUCCUCUUUGUCAGCUCCAUUUCACUGGACCAGACAUUGGGAAACAGCUCUUGAUCACUUAUGUAUUGGCCACACCCACUCAACACAUGCCUAUCUAAUGUCACGCUCUAACCCGCCUCUAUUCCCCCUAUGUAAUGUCCCUCUUUCAGUUCCACACAUUCUGUUGUCCUGUCCACGCUUUACUACAUCCCGCACCUCUGCUUUUCUCCAUCUAUCCUCCUUUCACCAACCUCCCAACAUAUCAAACACCCCUACAGAAUCCCACAACUUCUGCUUUCACGACCUGUUCUCCUUACUCAGACUCAUAAUUAUCCUUCACUUGAUCUUACUCCCUUAUCAACUCCUUUACCCAUCUUUAACGUUUCAAUAUUACUCCAGAUAGUUGACGCAUAUCAACUAUCACCUGUUAUCACCUUUUGCUAUAUCUUCCUAUAGUACUAUAUGACCUCAGAUGUCUAGCACAUUUAUGUUGCUUUCAACCAUUAACCAUUACUAAUAACAAAAUAAGCUAAAAGAGAAUAUUUUCAAAACUCAAGGAAAAGAAUAAACACAGGUGAGAUAUACUAGUAAAUGACUUCUAGGUGACUAAGCACAUGUAGAGACAUCUGUGUGUAAAGACAAUUAAUGAACUUGAUUGUUAGCAGGGUGUGUACAUAAAUUCUCUCUCUAGCAUCAUUGGGUUAAAAAGAAUGAAAAUAUAUACAAAUAUGUAUCAUGGGAUUACUCAGGUUCCUUUUGCUAUAUGAAUAAUUUUGGUCUUAAUAUUUUGGGAUGAAAAUCUUUGAAAUUACACAGAAAAGGAUAGCCUCUCAAGGCAUUAUUGGAGAUCAGCAUCGGCUCUGGAAUACUUGUCUAAUAAUUCCAGGUCAUAACAUUGAAACUUAGUUGUUACUUGUGUGUUCAACUUUAGCCUGUGAUUAUAUUCCUCAGUUUUUAUGUGCAUGUAUUUGUUUUUAGUAUUGCAACUGCAUUUUGAGUCUACACAAUUCAAGUCUUUUUGUCAGUGUGUCAGAAUACAAUUAGGUGUCUUGUUAACAUCUAUAGAAAGCCAGUAUAGUUGACUUCUCUUACAGAAAAGAGCCAUAUAAUCCUACUCACAAUUACCAUUUUUUGGUUCACAUCUCAAAGAAUAAAUGCUUUUAAGACAACAUGCCCAUACCAGUCUACUUUUCUGUUGCAAAGGAUGCCAUUGUAAAUUUCUCAACCUACUGGCACUAAGAAGGCAUAUAUACAGUUUACUGUGAUUUUAGUUAAUUACUUGUUUACACAGAGAUGGCUCCAAUAAGCUCUUAGGCAUCAAGAACUCAAUUAGUGAGUUAUCUCAUCUGAUUAUCCCAUUCUGUAAAUUUCCAUGAAAAGUUUUUUGUCUAGUACUCUGAAUAUUGUUACUAUUACUGUUAUUGUUAUUAACAUUAUUGCAGUAUUACUAACAAUAUUAAUGGCAAUAAAAGAAGGAAUAUGAAUAUUUCCGAAAAUCAAGGGAAACGGUAAACUGGGGAGAUCAAGUAGGACCAUUAAAUAAUUCCUUGGUCGCUAAGCUGUGGAGCCACCUGUGUAUGAACAAUAUUAAUGAACUUAGGUCACACUGGAUAUGGUAUGUAUAUGUACCCACCUGCCAUCAAGUGGUUAAUUGAUGAUGCAAAAUAUGUUUUUUUCCCUUGCCUGUAUCAGUUCCCAAUGGCCAAACCCAAGGCCUUUGAACAUAAGCAUAAGCAAAGUAUUUUAUGGCAUACUUACCUAUUACUGCCAAAUACUACUGAAUAUCUUGAUACUACAGACAUCAUGAUGUAGUAAUUAAACUGUAUGAUUCAAGUACUUUCAUUUUAGGCUGAUGUACAAAGGUACAAAUUUAGAUGCAUUUUAUGGCAUUUUAUGGCUUGUCAAUUGCCAAUGUGGUUGUAUUGAAUAUAUAUUUGAAAUAAUGUUUUUAAAAAGUAUAUCACUUUGUGUGUGUGUGUGUGUGUGUGUGUGUGUGUGUGUGUGUGUGUGUGUGU